AGGAAAAAUGUAAUUAUAUUAUUCUAGAGGGUGUAUAUCCUUGGGAAUUUUUAAGCAAAUUGGAGGUAUUUCUUUUGUUGUAGUUCCACGUCAUUCAUUCUGUUACUUUGUGUUCUUGUGUUCUCCAUCUUUAGAUACCUGCUCGAACAAGACUUUCCAGGCAUGCGGAUUGGUCCAGAGCCUACCACAGAUUCUUUUAUUGCUGUGAUGUAUGGAGAUUCAGAAGGAAGUGUUCCUGGAAAUGCCUUAGUUGUUGAUCCUAAGAAGCCGUUCCGCAAACUCAGCCGCUUUGGAAAUGCUUUCCUGAACAGGUUUAUGUGCUCUCAAUUGCCUAACCAGGUACUGAAGAGCAUCAGUAUCAUCGACAGCCCUGGCAUUCUCUCUGGUGAGAAGCAGCGCAUCAGCAGAGGCUACGACUUCUGCCAAGUCCUCCAGUGGUUUGCUGAGAGAGUCGACCGUAUCAUCCUCCUUUUUGAUGCCCAUAAGCUGGAUAUAUCUGAUGAGUUUUCAGAGGCUAUUAAGUCAUUCCGUGGCCAGGAUGACAAGAUUCGAGUGGUGCUUAAUAAGGCUGACCAAGUGGACACACAGCAGCUGAUGAGGGUCUAUGGUGCUCUCAUGUGGUCCCUGGGAAAGGUGAUCAACACCCCGGAGGUGCUGCGGGUCUAUAUUGGCUCCUUCUGGGCCCACCCUCUCCAAAACACAGAGAAUCGAAGACUCUUUGAAGCCGAGGCACAGGAUCUUUUCAAGGAUAUCCAGAGUCUCCCACAGAAGGCUGCUGUGCGGAAACUCAAUGAUCUCAUUAAGAGGGCAAGACUUGCAAAGGUUCAUGCUUAUAUCAUCAGCUAUCUGAAAAAAGAAAUGCCCUCUGUAUUUGGAAAAGAGAACAAGAAAAAGGAACUGAUCAGCAGGUUACCAGAGAUCUACAUCCAGCUGCAAAGGGAGUACCAUAUCUCGGCAGGGGACUUCCCUGAAGUCAAAAAAAUGCAGGAGCUGUUGGAGACUUGUGACUUCACUAAAUUUCAUUCUUUGAAACCAAAACUAAUUGAAGCUGUGGAUAACAUGCUGGCCAACAAAAUUGCCUCCCUGAUGAGCAUGAUCAGACAGGAAGAGAGCAAUAUGCCCACAGAGAUGGUGCAUGGUGGAGCAUUUGAUGGCACCAUGGCAGGACCUUUUGGCCAUGGAUAUGGAGAAGGUGCUAAGGAAGGAGCCGAUGAAGAUGAAUGGGUUGUUGCCAAAGAUAAACCUGCUUAUGAUGAGAUUUUCUACACUCUGUCACCAAUCAAUGGCAAAAUAUCUGGGAUUAGUGCAAAGAAGGAGAUGGUGACUUCUAAACUACCCAACAGCGUCUUGGGGAAGAUCUGGAAACUUGCAGACUGUGAUGGCGAUGGCAUGUUGGACGAUGAGGAGUUUGCAUUAGCAAAACAUCUCAUCAAGAUUAAACUGGAUGGAUAUGAACUGCCUGGCACGCUACCUUCCCACCUGGUGCCACCAUCUCACAGGAAACCUUUCCAGACAGCAGAGUGAAAAAUACAAGGAGAAGAAUGAGGAUUUUGGAAAUCUUUCGACAAACGUGUUGAAACCACCAAAAUUUGAAAUUAGGCUUAGAUACUUAAACCUCACAGUGCAUUUCACGCAAGUUACUGAAAUUAGAAGCAUGGUAAGCAGGGAAACAUUUGUGUAGCUGUCCCUGCUGACCUUCACUCAGACAUGCUUAUCAGAAGUGCCUUGUGUAGAUCUAUCGUAAAGUGAAAAUGUUUUUGUAGUCCUGCUCCUAUGUCUUGCUGCCUUUACAACCAUACUGCAGAAAAGACCAUGUGUAAAAAUCACUGACGUUCACCAGACAUAAAUACUUAUCAACCGUAAGUUUCUCCAAACUAUUUCAAAUAGCUCAAGAAAGCUCUAAAUGUUAAAUUCACCUGCCUAUGCAAGGAACGUUUUCUAUGCUAAAAACAUACUUUAGGCAUCGAGUGAAUGUCAGCAUCUCCAUAGUUUAAGAAAAGGCUGAUCUAAAUGGAAAUUUUAUUUUUGUUCUUUUUAUAAUUUGAUAGGGGGUUAGAAGAAGAGAGGAGAGUAAUGGGAGAGUCUUUUAAGUGCUCAGAAUGUGAGCAGACUUGUUUUUAAACUUUACUGAUUAUAGCUAGAACUGCAAAAUAUUAAAAUGAUUCUUUUAAUCUGUCAUCACUGUGUCCUGUUAUCUGAAGAACUGCUUCUUCAGUUUUAUACAGCACUAUAUACUUGGUAUUAUCAUUAGAAGAACUGAACCUCCUUUGUUCCUUGGAUUUGGAAUUUCUUUUGAGGUUUCAGUUUAGCUGCUCUGCAGACAAUAAAUUCCUGAAUUGUUCAAAGUGACAGCAGAAUGUUUUCAUAAGCUUAAAAAAAAAAAAUUGCAUUGCCAUUGAAAUCAAGCCUCACUUUCUGUUCAGAAAAGGUGCGUUGCUUAAAGUCAGCCUCUUCAAAGCACAUCAAAUUUUCUCGGGAAAUUUUCAUUGGUAUUUAAUUUCUAUUUACAGGUAAUUAUAUAGUUAUCUCUCUAUAUUUUUUUACAUGUAAUAUUUUUAAGAAAAGUUUUUAACUUUCUUUUGCUAACACGUAGCUGACAACCACAAAAGAGAGAUUAGAUUCCCAUGGUGGCAGAUUUGAAAGACAGGGAGGCUAACAGGAAUCAUUACAUUGACUGUAAUAAAUGACAAACUGGUCCCUCCAGAUAUUAUUUCUUUAUUGAAAACAAUCCCUGAAAGGAGUGGAUGCUUAAUAAACAUUUGUUUUUCUAACAACAUGAUCAAAGUUGAACACAUUGGCUGCUUACAACUGAUUUUUAUCAGUACCUUAAAAGAAGGCGAAUUUUUGGCCCUGUGAACUUGAGUCUUACAGGGAGGGCCAGUUCUUUUCUAAAAUCAAACUUGGCAGUCAGUUUUGCUCUCUGCCUGUGAGCAGGAAUUGACUUGUAUUCCAUUUGUAGUAUGAAAUACCCUACAUAUCAAAGGUACUGUAGUCUUGAGCACUUUUUUCUUUGAGUCUCAGUAAGUGGUAGUAGUAGUGCCUUCUGAAACAGAGCUAAAGCCAAAAAGUGGUUUAGCAUCCUUGCAGUAGGGGUGGGGAGGGAAGUAGUUUGGGUAUUGUCUCCCAGUUAAAAUUUUAGUCACACGUGUUCAGAUUUAUAGGUGACCUAAGAGCAGCCUUGGUUUCCUUCUUUCAAAUCAUGCACUUGUAGGUUGUCAGUCAGGUUUAAUACUUCAGAUCUUUCUGGACCUCUUAUCUUUCUGCAUCUGUUCUAUUCUGAUGUGAAAUUACCAUGAACUUUGCUAGGGCUCUACCAUGAGAAAACAAUGAAGCUAUUUUAAGUAAUGACACAAGAACACCUUUACCUUGCCAGGCUUCCAGGCCUGUGUCAAGGAUAUCCUGGCAUAGUUAAAUUGUUCUUGAGGACUUGCUUGGUUUUUUGUGUUGUUUUUUUUUAAAUCUUAGGUUUUUCUCUUAUUGUUCAAGCAUACCGACUUUAUUUCCUUUAGACCUAAAUUAGGAGCCAAAUUAGCCUUAGUGCAUCUCUGUGCACUUUAGUAGAGCUGUGAAACUUGACCAUGAGCCUACCUGUGACUGUACGUCUGCAGAGUAACUGAUUUUCUAUGUAAUUUAUUUUUGAUGGAACCAAAAGUAGUCUAUAGAUAUUGCAGGAGUUGUUAAAAAAAAAAAAAAAAAGCAGGCU